AUGCGAUUUGUUGCUCGUGGAGUUCAGUUGUUUCUCGUUUUGUUGCUUUCUGGUGCCGCUACUGCCGAAGAGUGCAGCUUGGCUUCUGAGCUGUCAACACCUCUGACAUUUGAUUUGGUUGGGUUGUCCGGUGUUGCUUUUGUUGGAGUAACCCCCAAAAUCACCCGUGUGGCCGGAGAGCCCAUGAUCAAGAUUACUGGAUACAGCAUGGCCGAAGAACCUACCCUUGCAGUGCUGGAUGGAAAGCUUGUUGUUGCCACAUCCGGAUGUGCUGAUGAUAUUGUGGCGGUUGGACGAGCUGAAGCACCUGAUGACGAUGGGGGGUUCCCGGAGGAAGAUUCAGAAGAUGCCAUCGUCGGAAGAAGCGGAGGUGAAAACUCAAAAAACCAAAAUGACCAUUUUGUCCAUGGAGACGCCGCCAACGUUGCCACGUUUGUUUCCAAGGCCCAAACCGCAAAGAGGGCGACCCAUUCGAAUUGGUUGACACUCACUUCUUUGAUGCUUGGCAUAUCAUCCAGUUCCUCUACGGCUGCUGCUGUUGGUUGGUCCAUCUUAGGUACUUUGGCAUUGGCACCUUCAGUGGCCAAAGCUCAGCUCACUUGUGACCACGUUGUGGAGGUUGAGAUUCAUGGUCCACCAGUGCCAGUCCCAUCUCAAGGAGCACAGUACUUUGAGUACGAUAUCAAAUGGAACGACUAUGAUGGCACCAAUGGAUCUUUGCACUUUGAACCAGAACCGACGUGGGGUGAAGAUGUUGAAGCCAUUCGAGCUUUUCGUGAUACAGAAUCAGGCGGCGUGUACAACUACCGGAACAAGGUACUCAUGGGGAUGGCACAAACGCGCAUUCUCAAUGACCCAUCCAAUGUGACCGCCAAGGAUGAUGUCGAAUUCGACAUUCCCUUGGAUGUUGUCCGUCCCGAAAGCGAUGAGGAAAUCCUGAUGAUGUCAGUCCUGGAGAUGCAAGGUCUCUUACGAUCCGGUCAAAUCACUUCAGUGGAGCUGACCAAUAUUUCGCUUAGCUUGCUUGACAAGUACGAUCCCGAAUACAACAUGUAA